UUUGUUAUAAUUAUUGUAGAAUGUUGUAGAACACAGAUAUUUCACACAACACUGGUCCAGAUUAAAUUGCGCUUCGGACCGGAAACGCCAGAUGUGUAGAAAUGUUUGCUCUUCAGUCGCGUUUCUUUUCUCUAGAAUGGAACAAAUUACAGUUCUUGCACAAUCAAUCACAAGACUUGUUACCGGGGAAAGAAUGCUUUUUGGGAAAUCGAAACUGCCGGGAAAGUCUUCACGCCUUUUCCUGUCCUGAAUAUAAGGAGGGUCUUUCCCCGUUGACACUGAUCCCAGCAAGAUGAUCCCAGUUCAGCCGCUUAUGCUUUUUAUAGUUAUUUCAGUCGUGAUUGUUCGGUCGUCAUCUCAAGAUGAGCCACUUAGACCUACCUUGACGUUGGUCUGGGGCAACCAGCAACAACUGUUGGUCAGAGAGACCGCAACCAUGCUCUGCACAAUACCUGGAAACAAACACAGUAACUGGAAAUACUGGUGGUUCAAAGACGGCCAGCCAAUACGACAGUUCGGCUUGUACGAUGACUUUUACACGCUGACCGCCAAACUUCCUCAGGACGGUGGUCUUUACACGUGCCAAGGCAGGACUAACACGACGGAGACCGAACUGCAGGACACACUGCAGAGCCAUCCGCUAAAGAUAGACGUGUCUGGUGGGUGGGUGGUAUUGCAGGUCCCACCAGCACCCUUGCUGACUGGAGAUAAUGUCACUCUGACUUGCCGUGUCAGGGGCAAGAAGAGAGUGACAGAGGCGGUUUUCUUCAAAGACGGCUUGGAGUUACAGAGGCAGCUGAAGCCAAACCUGCAUUUAUCCUGCCUCACUAAGGAAGACCAGGGUGUCUAUUGGUGUAGAGCCACCUGGUGGCAAGACUUUCAGUGGCACACAUCGCAGUCAUUGCCCGUUGAGGUGCCAAUCAAUGAGGUGUUGACCAUGCCCCACCUGGCUGAGCUCCCUGCUACCUCUAUCCCAACAGCAGCUAUACUUAUGGUGCCAGGUCCAGCUGAACAGCAGGGACCCAAACCUACAGCCACACUACCGCUUCUACGGAAACCAUCAGAAGCCGUGCAUGGUCACCGCAGAGGAGCUCCUCAUCGUCACGGAGGCUGGGGUACAGCAUACCGGGCUGUACCACUGCAGAGUGAUUCUGAACAGACUGGGUUUGACCAAGCUGUGCAGGGAAGUGAUGGUGGAGGUGGUGAAGAUGCAUCUGAGAGGGACCUCCAGCCCUUGAGCACUGAGAGACAUCCUGACGGAUCUAGCCGGUCUGACCUCCUCAAAGGUUGGAUCCUGAGCAGGUCAUUGUGAGUCUUGGACCCAGAUACAUUUUUCCCUUGAGGUUUUGGGUGUUACACUGCAGUUACAGUAAUCAUCUGUUGCUUUUCACUGGACUGCUCACCACAACCGAAUUAAACUUUUUUGGAUCCAUGAUCGCAUGAGAAUCAGCCAGUUUUUACUCGGAGAUGAUUCGCUGGAUCUUUCUUCUGGCUGGACCAGAAGUUCGAAGAAAACAUACAGGAAACGCAGACUUACUGCUUUGUGCCACAGGAUCUGCAACGGCAGCAGUGAGUCAGGCUGCGGAGGAGUUCCUCUUUGUACACAGACUUCAUUUAUUUUUUUAAGAAGAGCUCCCCCUGCUGUCCACUGCUAGCACAAACAGGGCUGUUUAACUUUAGGGUGUUACACAAGCCAGCCUGCCAGGGUCCCUCACAAGUGGGGGGGGGUGAUAACAGGUUUACUCCCAUUCAGUUUUGAAUCUGACUUUGUAUUUAAUUGAUAUUUUUAAUGGUGGAAAGUUCCAUCAUCAUGUAAAACUGAAAAUGACUUUUGUGUUUAUGAUGAGCUGUCAGACAUAAAAUGUUUGCUAUAAUUCCAGCUGUACAGGGUUACAUCUCAUUCUGGUUUUAUCAGUCAAGUAUACUUUGGGCUAAAUUUUGUACAUUACAGUUGAUUCUACUUGCUGAAAGAAUGGUUAAAACAAUAGAGAGACUAAAUCCA